UUCGACAAGAAUAUUGCAGAAAAUGUCGCCACGUUAUACAGAUAUUCUUAUUUUCCUGACCUGCAUAACCUAUACAGCGGCUUUACACUGUUUGAACUGUACUAAUGAUAUUCCUCCGAGAUAUUGUUCUACAGUCAGAAAAUGUAAUGACGGAGAGGUUUGCUUUACGAAAAGUCAUACGUCAGAAAAUGGAACAGUUUUGUUUGACACCGGCUGUAAAUCUUCCCAGGCUUGUGGAUUAGGUCAUAACAAUAAUCACGGAGUUGAUCAACUGCACCACCAUACCCUGUGUAUGGAAUGUUGUUCUUCCCCUCUGUGCAACAACAAAGGAUGUUCUCAAUCAGGAUAUCCGUCUAAUCGGGGACCUAUUUGUUUUGAUUGUCAAAACAUAUCAGAUCCAACUCUUUGUGACCGACUGAAAGUAUGCGAAGUUAAUCAGGCAUGCUAUCUGCAGAAAGAGGUUGAGUCUGGAAACUUGCAUUACACAUCCGGUUGCAUCAAUAAACAGGCUUGUACCUCAAGCGUAGACAUUUUUGGGAAAAGAAAUAUAGACGGGUGUUCAAAAUGCUGUCUAAGGGACCUAUGUAACAUUCAAUGUAAGUAACUGAAGUCGAGGGAAAUUUAUGGAUUCAAUUAACUACUAAAAAAUUAACCCUGACCGUUUCAAAGAAAAUUGGGUGGUAAACAAAUUACUCAACAGCUCCACUUAAAAAGAAUGAAACAUGAGUUUGUAAAGGAACGGUAUACCUUGCAUUAAAAAAAAAUGAAUAUCACAUUGAAAACAAUUUCUUUUUUCUUG